UGGCUACAAGAGAUCAUGUGAGGACUUUAGUGUCAUAAAAAUACCAUUAACUACAAAUCAAUUUGUAAGUUUAAAUUUUUAAUACUACUCUUGCGUCGGUCCGUUACGAUGUUAUUCAACGUUCAAUAAUAUUACGUCUUUAUGUAAGCAACGGUCGAAAUGGCGAACAUUUUGGGUUUCUAUAUUGUGGAGAAAUAUUUUCGUAAAAAUCAUUUUUGGCCCACCUCAACUGGAUUUCGAGGACUCGCGCCGUUUACUUUAAUCAUUAUAAACAUACUAUGGGGGAUUUAUUCGCUUAUAAUUGAAAUUACAAAUUUUAAGGCGAAUUUUGUAAAACUGUUAUUUUACGUGGAGUUUAUUUUGCUGGCAUCACUGUGCUUAUGGGGAAAUUUAGAAUUAGUACGCAACAAACGCCAUUUAUUAAAUAUGAUUGAUUUGUUGAGCGAUUUUAAUGAAUUUGGCGUUCCGGAAAGAAUUCAAUUUGUCGAUAAAAUCUUGAAAAUUAUAUUAAAAUCGAUAAACUAUGGAGGAUCAUUUGUAGUACAUCUAGCGAGUUAUCUUGUGAUGUUUCAAGAUGAUUGUGUUAUUGAUCAAAAUUUUAAAAAUUGUUUGGUACAUCAAUUCUACGUUCCACUCAACUUGAACCACUGGGAAGCGACAUUAAUAAUGUUAUUUCAAAUAUAUUCUUUCACCAUUAUGGUGAUUAUUAUGUUAUUUGGAAUAGUUUUGUAUUGGUAUUCGGUUGAAUUACUGGUUAUCCGCAUAAAUAACCUUAACGAGAUGCUUGAUAACAUAACUUUAACCAAAAACAAGAAAAUGAACUAUAAAGUUUUGCGCCCUCUAAUCAUGUAUUAUCAAAAAAUAGUCAGAAUGUUUCGAUUCGCUAGUAGUUACUACGUAAGAUUCCUUGUGCCUAUAAAAGUUUGUUGUUCCCUUGUAUUAACUACAUCUAUUACUGAAUUUGUUAUAACGAAGGACUUAAUAAAUUUAAUCAUUAUAAUAGCAAAUUUUUUGGGAAUAUUAAUAUGCUAUUCAAUUGCAGAACGAUUUACUACAUUGGCUAAUACCGUGUCAAUAGCCAUUUAUAAUUUGAAUUGGUUCGAUGCUGACGUUUCAACACGAAACGAUGUUUUAUUAUUACUUACUACAUGUCAAAAACCACUAGUAAUACAAACUCCUUUAUUUAUGGCAGUAUCACAUGUUGCAGUUGCACAAGGUUUAUAUCUUCUGCAAUUGGAUACUAAAAGUUACAAACUGAAGAUUUUGAAAAAUACUUCCUCCUUUAAUAAACCUCCAUCUAAUACAUGCUUAUUUUCUACAUACUUCCCAUCUAUAACUUCAAGCAAUCAAUAUUAAGCAACACUCAUUUUCAAAAAAUCAUAACAAAU